CACACAGUCGUAUCGCAAGUUUUGUGAUCGUAUAUAUCAAAGUUGAAUAAUUAAAUCCAACGUUUAUAUUUCUGUAAAUUUGGAAGACGUACACAGCCGAUAAAUUCAAACGUCAAAAUAAAUAGUUGAGAUCGAGAUAAAUUAUUUUCGUUUGUUGAUGAAAUAGAAAGUGGAGUUUUCUUUUUACGUCGGAAAUUACGAUUUGGAUGGCUCGAGGUAUGACAAACGUAAUGCCCCUGCUGGUGUCAAUGACCCUGCUGGGGCUGCAGGAGUACUCAGCCCAGAGUCCAAACCUCCUGGAGCAGAUUUCCCAGGAGCUGGAGCCCCCAAGAAUACCGGAAGGUGGAUACAGAGUGUCUUCUUCCAGUUUUCUCAGUCCCGAGAUCCUCAACUCCAUGAGAUCGGGUAGAUUCAGUGAAUCGCAACACAGUACCUCUUAUGGUAAUACUAAUGGCAACGAUAUUACGUUCGCCGAGCCAAGUCAGAGCUUCGAGCCGCCAGGCAAUUCAAUUCCUAAGGAGGAUAAACCUGGUCCAUCGAUGGAACUCGUCUAUGCGUGGAGCACAGUUGACUUCGAAUUCGAGAGUGAAGCAGCACGAGAGCGUGCGAUAUUCGAGGGCAGUUACAUUCCCGAGAAUAAUUUACCACUUGGUCUGGAAUUCUGGCACGACAGAGUCUUCGUGACAUUGCCAAAGUGGAGGAGCGGGGUGCCAGCCACACUCACCACCGCUCCGAGGUUCUCUAAGGAUAAGAGCCCUAAAUUGAGACCCUAUCCCAGCUGGGGAUGGCAUCAUCAAGAUUCAUGCGGCGGCAUGACGUCAGUAUUCCGCAUCCAAGUAGACGAGUGCGACCGGCUCUGGGUGCUGGACUCCGGCACAGUGAACCUGACCGCGGACCCGCGGCAGAUCUGUCCGCCCGCGAUCUUCAUCUUCGACCUGCGCACAGACCGCCUCCUCCGCCGGUACCAGAUCCCGGAGGACCAGGUGAAGCAGGACUCCCUCUGGUCGAACAUAGUCGUGGACGUCAGAGACGGCGACUGCACCUCGGCGAAAGUCUACCUCUCGGACGUGUGGCGCUUCGCAAUGAUAGUCUACGACUUCUCGAACGACACGUCCUUCCGGAUCCAGCACCACUUUUUCCUGCCGGAUCCGCUCUCAGCGCGCUACGAGCUCCACGGAAUCCAGUUCCAGUGGAUGGAUGGCAUUCUGGGGCUGGCCCUGAGCCCCCUGGACAUCAACAACGACCGGACCCUCUUCUUCCACCCGAUGUCGAGUUUCCGAGAGUUCGCAGUCGCAACCUCAGUCCUAAACGACAAAGACACGGCCGAGACGAGUCCCGAGAGCUUCAUGCCAGUGGGAAAACCGCGCGCGAAGGACUACGGCCACUCCUCGGGGUCAGCCAUCGACAAACACGGGGUAAUGUUCAUCAACAUGGUGACCAGGGACUCGGUCUGGUGCUGGGACACCAGGAAAGAGUACAUCCCGCAGAAUCUGGGAGUCAUCGGCGUCAGCAAUGAGUCACUCGUGUUCCCGAACGAUCUCAGGGUCGAUCACGAGGAUCGACAGAGCUUCUGGACCAUCUCCAACAGACUCCCCAUGUACCUCUAUGGGCCCUGGAAUCCUCACGACAUCAACUUCAGGGUUUAUCGGGCGUACGUUGACGAGGCUGUCAGGAACACCGUCUGCGACCCUGACUACAUCGUUCCGGAGUCGGAGAACGGGUACGAUGAAACGUGCUGAUAUCGACGGCUUUUUCGGUAUUUUAUUCUUGUAAACGUGUACAUGCAGUUUUUUACAGUGGUUUUGUAUUGAUUUAGGAUAGGCUUUGUUGUUGAUGUAAUUCUUGAAUUGAUUGGUAAUAAUUAGAAAUAGGUUUUUAUCUUUGUUUUAAUAAAUGAGUAAAUUAUGUAAA